AUGUUGGCAAUAUUCAAUUUACAAAGUCUUUUGACAAUUUUAUUGUUGUCUAUUUGUACAUGCACUUAUUUACGACAGUUAUUACCAAGUAUUAUCGAUAGGAAUAAAGUUGGACCAUUGGGAACGUUUUGGAAGUUAGCAAGAAUCGGAGAACGGAAAAGUCCAUAUGUAUCAUUUUGUUGCAUUGCAAUGGCUUUCAGUAUUUUAUUUUGGACAUGA